GCUGCACGUCAAGUGACACCUGCUCUUAACCUCAUUGUUAAGCCCUGUCGUUCCGUGACUACUAUCUUUUCGUUAUCUUGUCAAUGUCCAGCCCCGUUUACCAAUAAAAGAGGUGCGAAAUCUGCCCGUACGUCUGUGUCUGCGACAUUUAGCCGCGUGCGUUUUGUGAUAAAAUUGUUCUCAAAUGUCAUCGUUCGGACGUACCGGUCUUUCUUCGUUAAAAUGGCAAAUUGCCCUCGGUUUAGGCGCGGUUGGAGCCGUAGGUUUGGCUUAUUGGUACAUUAAAUCUUCGAAUAAAAACAAAACGCUGCAAGUGGCUGAAUCAUUCGUCGCGGAAACGGAAGAGACGCCCUUCCAAAAGGCACAAAGGUAUAAAACGGAAGGGAACGAAAUGUUCCGCAAAGGCAAAUACGACGAAGCGAUCGCGGCUUAUAACAAAGCGAUCGAAAUUAUACCUGACGAGUUCAAAGUAGAUCUGGCGACAUAUUAUCAAAAUAGGGCGGCGGCCUAUGAGCAGUUGAAAAAAUGGAGUUCUGUAAUAUCCGAUUGCGAGAAAGCCAUAUCUUUGAACAACAGAUAUGAGAAAGCGUUAUAUCGGAGGGCGAAAGCUUACGAGAUGGUUAAAGAUUGGGAGAAGGCUUUGGAUGACGUGACCUCGGUGUGUCUGUUGCAAAACUUCUCGAACCAAAGCGCUUUGUUAAUGGCUGAUAGGGUACUCAAAGAACUGGGAAAAAAAAACGCCGCGGAAGCUAUGAAACACAGAACGUCGGUGAUUCCCUCAAAGAAUUUUAUUAAAACUUAUUUUUCCUCCUUUUCCGAAGACCCCGUCUAUAAGAAACUGUUAGAGACCACGGAUCCCCUAGGUCAAGGUGAACUGAAGGGUUUUCUUAAAGCAAAACUUGCGUUCGCAACCGAGCGUUAUGCAGAAAUCAUUCCCGCCUGUACUGAAGAGAUCAAUUUGAGUGAAGCCGAAUCAAUCUACAAAAUCGAAGCUUUGUCUUUAAGGGCAUCAUUUUAUUUCCUCACAGGUCAGUUUAAGGAAGCUCUGGAAGAUUUAAACAAUAUAAUAGAAAGCGGCGAAGCCGAUAUCAAAAUAAAAGUAAACUCUUUGAUUAAGAGGUCAUCAAUUUACAUGCAGACUGAAAAAUUGGAAGAGUGUUUGGCAGAUUUUGAAGAGGCGGCUCUAUUGGGCCCCGACGUAUCAGAUGUGUUCCACCAUCGCGGUCAAGUUAAAUUGCUGAUGGAGAAAACGCAAGAGGCAAGAGACGAUUUCCAGAAAGCGGUCCAGUUAAAUCCCGGCUUUCCUAUUGCUGCCGUGCAAAAAUGUUACACAGACUACAGGCACGCGAUGCAAUCACAGGACAUGGGUCUCCUCAUGGCCAGCAUGCAGGAUUUUCGCAAAGCGAUCCAGAAAUUUCCCAACUGUACCGAGACAUAUGUUCUGUUUGCUCAAGUACAGACCGAACGCCAGGAGUACCAAGAGGCGGAGGAACUUUACCAGAAGGUGUUGAAACUCGACCCUAAUAACGCGUCAGUUUACGUUCACCGCGGUCUCUUAUUGCUUCAAUGGAAGGGCGAGAUAGAGAACGCGGUUCAGUUGAUGAGGGAAGCGAUCAAGAUCGACGAAAAGUGCGAGUUUGCUUAUGAAACAUUGGGCACCGUCGAAGUUCAAAGGGGUAACCUAAUCGUCGCCAUAGAUUUGUUUAAUAAGGCGAUAGCCUUGGCGAGGUCCGAGAUGGAAAUGGUCCAUUUGUUCUCAUUGAGAGACGCCGCCUCCUCCCAGCUGAAAAUCGCCAGUAAUUUGGGGGCAGGGGCGCAGUUGAUCAAAGGCCUGUCGUGAACCAGAAUAUAAUUUGUUGGACUGUAAAAUUUUUUAUGUAAAUGUUAAUAAUAAUCCGAUUUUAAAUGC